UUUCGUUCUUUCUAGUUCAAUUAAGGAAGGGGGGAAAUUGAAAGUGAGGCAACCGGAGACCCACUACUUGCGGUUUCGCACAACCUAUACAUUAUACCUAUUGUAUCUCACCUUCUUCACCUUGACCUUCACUUUGACCUUUUUCCAUCUCCAAAAUUGAUAUUUUUUCUGAAAGAAAACAAAAGUGAUGGAUUCAGAAGUAUUGGUAGCACUUUCCCUCUCCAUGGUUGGCGGUUUAAGUACUUCUUUAGGUGCACUUUUUGUGAUUAUGACUAAAGCUCCGAACCUGAGGAUGCUUGGACUGUUACAGGGCUUUGCUGCAGGCCUUAUGCUAAGCAUAUCUUUCUUCGAUUUGGCCCAUAACGCUAUAAAUUCCAUUGGAUUUCUUAAAGGCAAUCUUUGGUUCUUUGGAGGUGUCAUUUUCUUUGCCAUCAUUGCGAAUUUCAUUCCAGAACCAUCACUUGCUCCCACGGCAGAUGCGAAAACUAAAAAGAAACAUGGGGAUGAAGGUGGAAAAGAUGCCAUGAAAAAGCAUCGCCGUCAAGUUUUAUUUAGCGGAAUUAUAACAGCAGUAGGCAUAAGCUUACACAAUUUUCCAGAAGGAAUGGCUGUUUUCCUUGGUUCACUCAAGGGUCUUCGUGUCGGCCUUAACUUAGCCUUGGCCAUCGCUUUGCAUAAUAUUCCAGAGGGUGUUGCUGUUGCACUUCCUGUUUAUUUUGCUACGCAAAGCAAAUGGCAGGCGUUUAAACUAGCAACGGUUUCUGGCCUUGCUGAGCCUUUGGGUGUCAUUAUUGUAGCAUAUCUCUUCCCACAAAACCUAGAUCCAGAGAUUCUUGAGGGCUUGCUAGGAGCAGUUGGUGGAGUUAUGGCCUUUUUGACGCUACAUGAGAUGCUGCCUUUAGCAUUUGAUUAUGCUGGACAAAAACAAGCCGUCAAGGCGGUCUUCUUUGGAAUGGCUUUUAUGUCUGCAAGCUUGUAUUUUCUGGAAAUCAGCUUACCCUCAGACGUGGGCUUGUAGAUGCAAAUUUAUUGAUUUAGAAUGUGUUGAUUAAAAAUCUUGAUUAAUUCUUCAUUCAGUCCCCUUUGACAAUAUAAAAAGGUCACAAGUAGAGCAAAAGUAUAAACGACGGUGUACAUACAAAUGCUAUCGUUCUUUGUAAUUUACAUCAAAUUUCAGGUUUAUUUAAAAAUUAUGUUGACUUUACA